UCCAAACCGCCCCUUAACCCCUUUGUCCCCGGCGCACACCCCGUCUCCGCAGCACCACACCACCUCCUUCCCCUGCGGGCUGCGGCUCUGCUGCCUGCCACUCUUCUCUUCUCUUCUCCUCCGCUCCUGCAGAGUGCAGGCCAGCACAUGACGACGGGGCCUUGGCGCUGGUGCCACGGCGUCCGCGCCACGGCCAGCCUGGCGCUGCUCCUGCUGCUCGCGUGCGUGUCCGGCCGCUCCGUCACGUGCGCGCGAGCGCAGUCCACGGCGUUCACCGGCAGGGAGACCACCAGCUUCUCCUUCCCCAAGUUCGACCAGAACCGGCUCCAGCUCUCCACCAACCUGACGUUCACCGGAAACUCCACCGUCAGCCAGGGGGCGCUGCAGGUCACCCCGGACAGCGGCAACAACUUCAGCACGUACCUCGCCAACCAGGCCGGCCGCGUCUUCUACUCCACGCCCUUCGUGCUCUGGGCCUCCAACGCGUCCAGCGCCGCCGCCGCCGGCCGCCGCGUCGCGUCCUUCUCCACGGUGUUCCAGUUCAACCUGUACCGCACCAACGCGUCCGUCAAGGGCGAGGGGCUGGCGUUCGUCGUCGCGUCCGCGAUAGCCGACCCGCCGCCCGGCAGCCACGGCGGGUUCCUCGGCCUCACCAACGCGUCCACGGACGGGCUCGGCGCCAACGGGUUCGCCGCCGUGGAGCUGGACACGGUGAAGCAGCCCUACGACCCCGACGGCAACCACAUCGGCCUCGACGUCAACGGCGUCCGCUCCUCCAGCGCCACCUGCCCGCUCGCGGCCCUGGGCAUCGAGCUCGCGCCGGCCGACACCGGCGCCAGCGACGGCAGCAACUUCGUCUGGGUCGACUACGACGGCGCCGCGCGGCGCCUGCGGGCGUACAUCUCGCCCAACGCCACCAAGCCGUCCGCCGCCGCGCUCGACGCGUCGCUGGACCUCUCCGCGGUCGUCGCCGCCAGGGACGCCUACUUCGGCUUCUCCGCGUCCACCGGCGCGGACGACUACCAGCUCAACUGCGUCAAGAUGUGGAACAUGACCGUAGAGGUGCUGCACGACGACGACGACAGGCUGCCGAAGAAGCUGUCCGGCUGGAAGCUCGGGCUGGCCGUCGGCGCGCCGUGCGCCGCCGCGCUGGCGGCGCUCGCGCUGCUCGCGGGCCUGUACCUGAUGAAGAAGCGGAGGAAGGUCGGGGACGACCCGAGCUCCGUGUCCCACAGCGCCAUCGACCUGAGGAGCAUCCCGGGCGUGCCCAAGGAGUUCGACUACGAGGCGCUCAGGAAAGGCACCAACGGCUUCGACGACAAGAUGAAGCUGGGGCAGGGCGGGUACGGCGUGGUGUACCGCGCCACCGUGCCCGGGGACAACGGCCGCAGCAUGGAGGUGGCCGUCAAGCAGUUCUCCGGCGCCAACACCAAGGGGCAGGAGGACUUCCUCGCCGAGCUCGGCAUCAUCAACCGCCUCCGCCACCGGAAUCUCGUCAAGCUCAUCGGCUGGUGCCACCAGGACGGCGUGCUGCUGCUGGUGUACGACUACAUGCCACACGGCAGCCUGGACAGGCACCUGUUCGGCGGCAGGGAGGCGUCGGCGGCGGCGACGACGACGACGACGCUGGACUGGAAGCAGCGCUACAACGUGGUCGCCGGCGUGGCGUCGGCGCUGAACUACCUGCACCACGAGUUCGAGCAGACGGUGAUCCACCGCGACAUCAAGCCGUCCAACAUCAUGCUGGACUCGUCGUUCCACGCGCGGCUGGGCGACUUCGGCCUGGCGCGCGCGCUCGAGUCCGACAAGACCUCGUACACGGACAAGCUGGGCGUGCCGGGCACGCUGGGGUACAUCGCGCCCGAGUGCUUCCACACGGGGCGGGCCACGCGCGAGUCGGACGUGUUCGGCUUCGGCGCCGUGGUCCUGGAGACCGUCUGCGGCCGCCGCGUCUCCUGCGACAACCCGGCGGGGUGCAGCCAGCUGCUGGAGCUGGUGUGGAGGCUCCACGGCGCCGGGCGCCUCCUGGAGGCCGUGGACCCGCGCCUCGCCGCCGGCGGGUACGGGUACGACGGCGAGGAGGCCGAGCGGCUGCUGCUGCUGGGCCUGGCGUGCAGCCACCCCAACCCGCGGCAGCGGCCCAAGGCGCAGGCCAUCCUGCAGAACCUGCAGACGCGGUCCGUGCCGCCGCUCCCCGUGCCCAUGUCCAAGCCGGUGUUCAUGUGGCCCGCGCCGCUCGCCGACGGGGAGGAGGACGCGACGCAGGCGUCGUCCAUGUCGCGCAGCGGGGUCACCAGCUCGGGCGUCACCUCCUCGUCCAACUACCCCUACACGUGGUCGUCGUCGGGGUACAAUACCCAGACCUUCCAGGUGAGCAGGGAGGUGCACGACGCGGCGGAGAGGGACGUGGCGACCGUUUGACUGAGAAGAAGACGGUGUCGAGCUCAGCAUGCUGCCGCCGGCAGGACGGCUCACUGACGGUGGUGCACGUGGAGCCCGGGGGGCGGGCCAGUCGGCAGUCGGGUUGCGCGCUUUCAUCAGGAGUCAAAAGGGGCUUGUGGCAACGCGGCUCACGAUCGAAUCGGACAAAAUAAAGACGCCAACAAAGCGCACGCGACAACGCGGGCAGGGUUUUCGUCGUCGGAGAGCCUUUUCCGUUGCAGCUUUGAGUGGGUAGCCAAGUGGGUCCUUUUUUCUGCAGCUGUUGCUUGGUUUGCUUCUUGGAAGCCA